UUCAAUUUUAUCAUCUUCGAUAACUUUUUCCCUCGCUCAUCCACAUCCCUGUCACUUUCCUGUAGCUUUAGCUAACGUGGAUAGCAAUCAUUGGAAAAGACGCCUCGCCACUUUCAAUUACAUAGUACGCUCUUUAGUUUGCUAUUGACAGAUCGGCCAGUCGGGAAGAUACUUUGGCUGUCGCUCGACCUUGACGGAGCGUGCCCUUACAGUCACUUUUUUUAAUCUCUUCGCCAACUUCUAGAUGACUGCCCAAGCAGCCUUCGAGGCCUUCGCCUCGAAGCACACCCGCCCGUAUGACUGUACCUUUCCUCCAAAAAUUGUCUCGUCCCAUAGGGAUCUCGACUUUACCCAGUGCUUCGAGCACGCCGUUUUACUGCCCGCCCCUCUCGCCUUCUUCACCUUGCUCGCACUUUCCCAGAUCUUGAGAAUCACAAGACAACUCAAGAAAGGCGGACUGAACGGUGGUCUUGCAUGGAUUACGAGGUCCAGGAGAAGUGAGAGAAUAUGCUCCACCAAGGUGGGCUUCCUCGCAGCUUCUGCCGUCUUCUCCCUAGUUUCAUUAUGCCUUACAUUCAAAAACAUCUCUGUAAAUCUUCUUUCCGCCGCCCACUACUUGCUGCUCUUCGUGACUCUCUUAUCGCUUAUCCACCUCACCGCCUUGAACCACCACACUUCCCGAACUUCAUCGACUAUUAUUCUUCUCUUCUAUCCCACCUAUCUUCUCGUAUUUGCCAUCCGCCUUAGGACAAUGAUCGUUUCUGGUGCCCUCAACUCUGGUCUUACCCAUUCUACUUCAGGGCGCUUGUUGUUGGCAAGACAGGCUUUCUGGUUCGCAAGUAUCAUUGCGGCUCUUCCCGCUUUUCUGCUCGAACUAUACUCUCCUGAAAAGAAAUGGCAGAGAUGGAAUGCUCCUUGGAAGAGAAACGGCAAAAUCGCCUUGGAGGAUGACGAGGAAGAAGAAGCGGAUGGAAUCGAGAACUUGGACGGCCAAGGUGCUGUGCCGGGCAAGAACGCUUACGGCGAUGUCGAGAGCCCCGUUUCCACCGCCAAUAUCUAUGAAAUUCUGACUUUUUCUUGGCUCACUCCUCUUCUCUCUCUUGGUACCCGCAAGUACCUUGGUGAAGAAGACAUGUGGGCGCUCCCCUCUGAAGACUCUGCCGAAGCUCUUUCCAACCGUCUUGCGGAAACCUGGAAAUCGCAAGCUGAACAGGUCAAAGCUGGCAAAAAGAAGAGCGCUUCUCUCAAGAUCGCCCUUGUCAAGGCUUACGGUGGUCCUUAUAUUGUUGCUGGUAUCCUCAAGGCCUUGUAUGAUAUGAUCAACUUUCUGCAGCCUCAACUUUUGAGGUUGUUACUCAACUUUGUCUCGAGCUACACUAGUGAACGUCCAAUGCCGCCUGUUACUGGGUACGCUAUUGCCGUUUUGAUGUUUAUCAGCGCAAACGUAGGAACCGCCGUUUUGCACCAGUACUUCCAGCGAUGCUUUACCACCACUAUGCGUAUCCGGGGUGGACUUGUCACUUUGAUUUACCGCAAGGCACUUGUCCUUAGCAACGGCGAAAAGUCUGGCAGGACUACUGGUGACAUUGUCAACCUCCAGAGCGUUGAUGCCGUCAGGAUUGCAGAUGUCUGUCAGUACGGUCAUAUUGCUUGGUCAGGCCCUUUCCAGAUUCUCAUUGCAUUCAUUUCUCUCUACAGGCUUGUCGGCUGGCAAGCGUUUAUGGGCGUUGCUGUCAUGGUGGUCAGUUUGCCAGCAAACACUCUCAUUUCUCGAUUCAAUAAGCGCUACCACCGGCGAUUAAUGAAGGUCAAGGACACUCGUACUCGUACCAUGAACGAGAUCCUCAACAACAUCAAGUCUAUCAAGCUGUACGGCUGGGAGCAGGCAUUUGCCAACAAGAUCUACGACAUCCGUAACAACCAAGAACUCAAGAUGUUGCGCAAGAUUGGUAUCGUCAUGGCUGGAAGUAACUUUAUCUGGCAAGGUACCCCCUUCCUUGUUGCAUUCUCUACCUUUGCCACGUUUGCUUUCACCAGCGACAAACCUUUGACCAGUGAGAUCAUUUUCCCCGCCAUCUCUCUCUUCCAGCUUCUCUCCUUCCCCAUGGCCAUGUUUGCCAACAUCCUCAACUCUAUCAUCGAAGCUUCCGUUUCAGUCGGCCGUUUGGAAAGUUUCCUUGCUGCUGAUGAACUCAACCCUAAUGCCCGCACUGUCAUUCGACCUUCUGAAGAUCCUCAGGGUGAGCCUCAAAAGGGCGAUACCGUUGUUAGCAUUAAGAAUGGCGAAUUCCGAUGGCUCGAGGGCUCUACGGAGCCCAUCCUGCAGGACAUCGACCUUGAAGUUAAAAAGGGUGAGCUUAUCGCUCUUAUCGGCCGAGUUGGUGACGGCAAAUCAUCUCUGUUGGGCGCGAUUCUUGGUGAAAUGACUCGCUCUGACGGCUCUGUCACUCUCCGCGGCGAGGUCGCAUACUUUUCGCAAAACUCUUGGAUCCUCUCUGCGACUGUCAAGGAUAACAUUGUGUUUGGCCACCGAUUCGACAAACAGUUUUACGAACAGGUGUUGGAUGCUUGUGCUUUGAGGCAAGACCUUGCGGUACUUCCUAGCGGCGAUAUGACCGAGGUCGGUGAAAAGGGUGUUUCCCUCUCUGGUGGUCAAAAGGCUCGUAUCUGUCUUGCUAGAGCUGUCUAUGCUCGUGCCGAUAUUUACCUUCUUGACGAUCCUCUUGCGGCCGUUGAUUCUCAUGUCGGUCGACACAUUUUCGACAAGGUCAUCGGGCCUAACGGUCUCCUUGCUUCAAAAGCCCGAAUUCUCUGUACCAACGCUGUCACUUUUCUUCCCCAGGCCGACCAAAUCAUCUCUCUCCGUAGAGGUAUUGUGCUUGAGCGGGGUACUUAUGAAGAGGCCAUGAACGAUUCGUCCUCUGAGCUUUACAAGCUUAUCACUGGUUUGGGCAAGCAAUCUGCCAUGGGCGAUGGACAAGAUUCUGGACAAGGUUCUGGUGCUACUACACCUACGGUUGUUGGACAAGAGGAGGUGGUGGUAGUUGAGGAACCAGAGGGUGUGGAAGACAGCGAAGAAGCUGAGAUUGUCACUGGCGCUGAUUCUCCUAAACAACGCAAAGCGUACCGACAGCUCAGCCGCGACAUCAUGCGUCGAUCUUCUGUCGUUUCUCUCCGUACUGCCAAACGUGACGCCCUGCGUGACCUACGCGAAAGCGCUAAACCAAAGGAACGCUCUGAAAAGGGCAACGUGAAGCGAGAAGUCUACCGGGAAUUCAUCAAGGCCUCUUCCAAAUGGGGCGUUGCCGUCUUUAUCGGCGCGAUGAGUCUCGCGCAGGGUUUGAACAUUCUUUCCAACUUUGUACUUCGUGCUUGGGCCAGUGCCAACUCUGAUAGUUCAGGCGAGAUGCCGAGUGUGACCAAAUACCUCCUCAUCUACGGUAUCGUCGGUAUUUCUGGUUCCGUGGCCAACGUUGUCAGCGUCGCCACGCUCAAGAUUGUUUGUGCCCUCAAGUCUAGUAGGAGUCUCCAUGACAGGUCAUUUGGGGCUUUGAUGAAGAGUCCCUUGUCAUUCUUCGAGCUUACACCAACAGGACGAAUCCUCAACUUGUUCUCUAGGGAUAUCUUUGUUAUUGAUGAAGUCUUGAUUAUGGCUCUCGGUGGUUUCUUCCGUACUUCCGUAUCAGUCCUCGGUACUGUGGUAGUCAUUGCUAUGGGCACGCCUUUGGUGUUGCUCGUGUUCAUCCCUCUUGGUUACCUCUACAGGAUUGUCAUGAGAUUCUAUCUUGCUACUUCUCGAGAGCUGAAACGGCUUGACGCCGUUUCUCGAUCUCCCGUCUUCUCCUUCUUUGGCGAAACCCUUUCCGGUCUGCCUGUUAUCCGAGGAUAUGGCCAAUCUGCCCGAUUCAUUGCCAACAACGAAGCCCGUGUGGAUCGAAACCAGGCGUGUUUCAUGCCGGCUAUGACUAUCAACCGAUGGCUUGCCGUCCGACUUGAAUUCCUGGGUAGUUGCCUCAUGUUCUCCACCGCGCUCACAUCAGUCGCGGCUCUUAUCAUGUCCAACAGUGUGGAUGCGGGAUUGGUCGGUCUCUUGAUGUCUUAUACUAUUUCCGUCACCGGUACUCUUAACUGGCUUGUGCGGAGCGCUUCCGAGGUGGAGCAGAACAUUGUGUCUGUCGAGCGUGUGCUUGGGUAUGCCAACUUGGACUCUGAAGCACCCGACUUUAUCCCCGAGACCAAGCCGGCUUCUACUUGGCCUCAAGAAGGAUCGAUCGAAUUUGAUCACUUUAGUAUGAAAUACCGACCGGAGCUUGAUUUUGUUCUUCGGGACGUUUGCAUCAAGAUCAACGGUGGGGAGCGUGUCGGUGUCUGUGGCCGAACGGGUGCGGGCAAGUCAUCGCUCACCUUGGCACUUUUCCGCAUCAUCGAAGCUGCAGGAGGCAAGAUUUUCAUUGACGGUGUCGAUAUUUCGACGAUUGGCUUGCACGACUUACGGACGAUUGUCUCCAUCAUCCCGCAAGACCCUCAGUUGUUCGAAGGCACUUUGAGGAACAAUAUCGAUCCUACCGAGUCCGCAUCUGAUGCCGAUAUGUGGCGAGCUCUUGAGCAAGCCCACUUGAAGGACCAUGUCAUGAACAAUAUGGGUGGCUCGCUUGACGCCGAGGUUUCCGAGGGUGGUAGCAACUUGAGUGCUGGUCAGCGUCAACUCUUAUGCUUUGCGCGCGCCAUGCUACGCAAGACCAAGAUUCUAGUUUUGGACGAAGCUACUAGCUCUAUCGAUCUUGAAACCGAUGAGGCUGUUCAGCAAAUCUUGCGUGGGCCUGAUUUCAAAGAUGUCACUACUAUCACCAUUGCGCAUCGGAUCAACACGAUCAUAGAUAGUCACCGCGUGCUUGUCAUGUCUGAAGGCCGGGUGGCAGAGUACGAUACGCCGCAGGUACUCAUGCAGAGGCCUGAAUCGUUGUUUUUCUCCUUGGUGCAGGAAGCUGGUCUGGAGAACGCAAUCUAGGUAGUUGCAUCAUGUACCUUUUUUUAAACUGAAAAAAUGCAAAUUAAUCAUGCA